CACGCCCAUCGCAUUGCAUCGCAGCGUCCGACCCACUGGCUAGACGUUGGUCUUGCAGUUCGUCAUCGCAUACGCCACACGCCACCACCAUCACUUCUUUUUACGACCUUGACGACCUCGCCGCUUUUCGCUUUUCUUCGUCUUUGAAUCUCUCUUUCCCUGGUUCACACCCUCAUUACUACCCGGAUCGGCACCAUAGACGCUUGCUUGGCUCACAGCCCCUGCCGUCGUCGAUUGCUCUCGCUCCCAACGUUAGCAUCGCUCCACCGAACAAAUUGGGACGGCCUUGACCUACGGACAGGCACGUCAAUCCCUGUACGCAACCUGCUCCCUUGGAUUGUACCUGCAAGCUCCGUGGAUCGUCCGAGAUGCCCAGCAUUCGCAGCCUUUUCCUCUUCGCCCUGCUUGGUCUCGCAGCAUAUACCGCAACGAUCGUAGAUGCCCACUCACAACGACCCAACCCUCUCUCCCGCAUCGCCUACGCCAGCGACGCCUCAAUCGAUGUUGUGCGACGGUCUGGCCACCCGACGUCCAAAGGAGUGGUACGCCGUUCCUCCCCUCCUGCGCACGUCCUCUCCUCUGACUCAAUACGACUGAGCCUGCGCGGCUUCAACCAGACUUUCCAUCUCCAUCUCGAGCCCAACGAUGAGAUUGUGCCACAAGAGGGCGCAACCCUGAAUGUCUGGGGAUGGGAUGAGAGGGAGCAGAGGGAGGUACUCGAGGAGAGGAGGACCAUUGCGCGGGAGAGCGUGCGGGCCUAUCGCGGUGUGGUGGUACACCCCGAGCAUUCGGCGAGGAGAAUGUACGAGGAUUCAGUCGGAGUCAGUCGGAGGUUGUCAGGACUGGACGAGCAAGAGGGCGUCAUGGGCCACGCAGCAAUCAUGCUGCACGACGAUGGCGAUGCGCCGCGCUUCGAAGGCCUCUUUGACUGGCGAGGCAAUCAGCAUACAAUCCAGACGGCGAGGACCUACCACGCCGGGCGGCACCACCUGGACCCAGCCUUGCAUCGUCGCAGCAUGGAUCUGAAUAACCUCGUCAUUCAUCGCGACUCGGACCUGCUCACCGACUUUGAGAUGGAGCGAGCGGGCUUGGCUGUCAGGGAUGUGACCGCGCCUACAGGCUGCACACACGACGGCCACGACUACAAUGCAAACAACCACCUCUUUCUGACGGACGACAACAAUGACGAAUGGAGCAAGUCGCCACUCGACUUCUUUGCUCUGCCCGCCACCACGACUCUCGGUCGUCGCGCUUGGUUCGACCCACGCGAGCCCACGUCCUCCUUCUCCCCGUUAUGGUCACGCGACCUCGCCACCCCGGACUUUUCCUACGACGUUCCCCUGGUUCGUCGCCAAGACGCCCUUGGCAAUGGCGCCAACAACUCCUUUGUCUCCUCGAUCGGCAACACGCAGGGCUGCCCCAAGAGCGCUAUGGUAGUGUAUAUCGGCAUGGCAGCGGACUGCAGCUUUACGCAGGCCAACGGCGGGUCGGUCAGCAACACCAGCACCACGCUGCUCAACGUCAUCAACUCCGUCUCCACCACCUACCGCAACACCUUCAACGUCUCGCUGGGCGUGGUCGAGCUCGACGUGCGUCAGCCUACCUGCCCAAGCAGCGCGAACGCCAGCGUGCCCUGGAAUACCGGAUGCAGUGCGAUGACCAUCGACGACAGGCUCAGCGCCUUUUCAGAGUGGAGAGGAGCACAGUCCGCAAAUGGCACGGGGCUGUGGCACUUGAUUACGGGCUGUGGUAGCUCGGGUGAGAAUGUCGGAGAGAUUGGCGUGGCCUGGCUGGGGACAUUGUGCAAGACAGAUACGAGCAAGUCGGGGAGUGAUACCGUUUCGGGCACGGGUGUCACCUCCAACACGAAUCGCAAUGCGCAGGUGGUCGCCCACGAGAUCGGGCAUAACUUUGGCCUCGUACAUGACUGCAUGUCCGGCUGCACUCUCAGCGGCAGCACGGCUCGUCAAUCGAACAGCGCCGUCUGCUGUCCUCAAUCCUCGUCGAACUGCAAUGACGCCGACGCGCACAUCAUGUCUCCCGUAGCAGCGCGGAACACGAUGAGCUUCUCGCCCUGCUCCAUCGGCAACAUGUGCACCAUGCUCGGUGGCGGCCUCAACACGAAUUGCGUCACCAAGCCAGGCAGCCGUAACACCCUCUCGACUCAACAGUGCGGCAACGGCAUCCUUGAGCCUGGCGAGGAAUGCGACGCAGGAGCAAACGGUUCGCGCUGCUGUUCUUCGGAGUGCAAGCUUACGAGCGGCUCGCAGUGCGACCCUACCUCGACCGCUUGCUGUACCGACUCGUGUCAGUUCGCCGCAGCUUCCAAGCUCUGCCGUGCCGCCAAGGACAACAGUGGGUGCGACACGGCCGAGUACUGCACUGGCUCCUCCGCGGACUGCCCCGCCGACGAAUACAAGGAGAAUGGGUCCUCAUGCGGCUCUGGAGGACUGCAAUGCGCGAAUGGGGUCUGCACCUCUCGCGAUCAGCAAUGUCGAUCCCAGACCUCCUCGAGCGGCUCAGGCACCUUUGACAAGGCUUGCUCGGUCCGCUCAGACCAGUCGUGCUCCUUGGCAUGUCAGGACGACUCCAACCCUGGGACUUGCACCUUGUUCCAGACCAACUUUAUCGACGGGACUGCGUGUGGGUACGGCGGAUUCUGUGAAGGCGGCGAGUGCAAGAGCAGCGGCUGGCAGGAUACAUUCAAGGGGUGGUAUAGGAACAACUUGAACAUUGCCAUUCCUGUGACGAUUGUUGUGGCGAUCAUCGUCAUUGCAAUCCUGUGGGGCUUGCUCCGCUGCUGCUUCGGCGGCAGAAGGCGGGCAGGAACAAAGCCAGCUGCUGCUGCGGGAGGCUGGAGGAGGGGACGUCGCAGCGGUGGACCGGUACAGCCACCACCGAUGCGCAACAGUGGGGCACCAGCAUCGGCGGCUCCGCCAGGAGGGCCAUACGGCUACCAGAAUGUGGCCAGCAACGAUUAUCCCUCCUACGCGGCGCCCAAUGGCCCUCCACCACCUGUUCCGGCUCGCCACUCGCAGGGCUACCAGAGGCAGAGCCAGAGCGGGUGGGUUGAUGCUACGCAGUGGAACGGCAGAUAGGGCUGCGACACGUCUCUCGUCUAAUUACCCUGUCGCGCCGCUCUACACUACACGCUACUCUUGACCCUCUACGCUACUCUCGACCCUCUACUUCUCACAUGGACUUCUACCUCUUCUGUCUCGCCACAAAUGUACAUACCACUGCAACGCAACGCAUAGCUUGAAGGACAUAAUACAGAGCCUUUGCUACUUGUUCUUGUCGUCAGUCACGUCUCUGCCUCGAGCUCCCAUCUCGCCGAGAGUAGUUACGGAGGGCCGCACGAUCGCCUCAGAAAUUACUCACUCCCUCCCUCUCCAUCUUCUCAACCCUCUCAUCCCUCUUCUCCAUCCCGCCAACCAGUCCACGUUUGCGCAAAUUGCCCAUCCCGUCGUCCACAUUCUGCUUCAACCAGCGCAAGGUGCGAUACGGCUUCAGCUGGGCCAGCCCGGCUUCCUGGCGGUGACGCUGAGACAUGCGGUUGGAAAACGAGGA